AUGAGGUCCUGGCUUCUGCUUUCUGUGGUCUAUGUGCCCACAAUCUGGUAGAGGUGGGAGGAGAUGCUGCCUGUGGGGCCUGGGCAGGAAUCCCUGGCUUCCCUCAGCCUGGAUGACCACAUGAAGUCCACUUGUCAGCUGGUGCAGCCCACCUCAGAGCUGAAAGAGGAUACAGUCAAGGCCCAACCCAGCAGACCCCACUGGCUAGCUCAGGCAUGCAAAAAGAGCUACCUUACUGGGUCCCUACAGGAUACCACCACUCGCUUCAGCAGCCAGCAUCCCCCACUGCCUAGGGCUAGUACUGCCGAUGUUCUGGACUGGCUCUUUGGUCAGUCCCAGGAAAGGCAGAUGAGAUGGAGGGACCUGCCAAGGAGGACUGGUCUCUCUGUUGAGCCCUGGGGUCCUCACAGACAGAUGAAUAGCAGCAAGGUCUUGGGAAGGCUCAGAGGGAAACUCUGUGAUCCCAGGGCACCUAAGCACUAUCUGGUGAGACCAUUAAGGGACUAG